GUACAUAAUUACUAAAUAUAUGUAUAAACAAUAUACUAAAAUUUUUAGAAUCUUUGAACAUGAUACUACGGUUGGCAGAAGAAUACUCAUCUCCUUUUCAAUUUUGGUUGGGCAGCAACUUAUUCAUUGGAAUAUAUGACCCACAACAGGCAAAAGCUAUCUUACACGGCAGAAAUUGCAUAGAUAAAAGUAUAAUUUAUAAGCUUUUCAAACCAUUAUUUGGUAUGGGAUUAUUUACUGCUCCUGCAUCCAUAUGGACCCGAUUAAGAAAAAUAAGUGGACAUACAUUCCGUCCAUCCAUAUUGCAGGAUUUCUUCAAGAUAUUCGUUGAAGAAUCUGAUAUACUUACAAAUGAAUUGAAUGAGAAUAUAAAUGAAGGAAAGGAAAUAAUUCUUAUUGACAUAAUAACACAGCACGCUUGGGAAAUGGCAUGUCGUACUAUGAUGGGCAUAAAGUUGGAACAAAAAAAAAACAAGGAAUAUGUCAAAGCAGUUCAAAGGUUCAAACAUAAUUUUAUGCAAAGAACAAAACAUAUAUUAUUAUAUUUUGAUGGUACAUUCUCUAUUACUGCAUUGGGCCGCAAACAGAAGAGAGCUACGGAUUUAAUAAAUUCACUUGGCGAUGAGAUGAUACAGCAGCUCAAACAUGAUCCCAAUAAUCUGAAUACUACAGAUGAAAAUAACCGAACUCGUAAGUUUAUUCACAUUUCAUAUAAAAGUUAUGAAAAUGCUUUCGUUUGCAAAAUGAUGGCAAUAUAAAUUGUUCGGAACUAUUUAAAACAAUA